AUGAGCUUACAAAAAGAUCCUAUGUUAGGAGAUAAAAAUGACCAGAAAAAAGGAACACCUGUAGUCACAAGUCAACCAGUACCUACAGUUCCAUUGCAAGAUCAUCCAACAAGUUUGAAAUGUCCAAAUUGUCAUCAAGAAGUUGUAACGCAUAUUAAAUAUCGCAAUGGUUUGUUAACUUAUGUAGCCUGUACAACUUUAUGCAUUUUCGGGUGCUUCUGUGGCUGUUGCCUUAUACCAUUUUGUGUAAAAGUAUGUAAAGAUGUUGAUCACAAAUGUCCGGAAUGCGAUUGUCACAUUGGAACAUAUCACACAUUACAAGAAAAAUUUGUGAAAUGA